UUCCCCAGAGUUUGUCUUCAACUCACGAUGCUGAUCUUCAAUAACACCACGUCCUCCUCUUCCAGCUUUCUUCUUACUGCCUUUCCUGGACUGGAACUUGCUCAUGUCUGGAUCUCCAUUCCUGUUUGUGGUCUCUACACUGUUGCACUCUUGGGAAACAGUGUUAUCUUGUUGGCUAUUAUCAUUGAACGGAGUCUCCACAAGCCCAUGUACUAUUUUCUCUCCAUGCUGUCUGUUGUUGAUCUAGGUCUGACCAUCACAACCCUUCCCACUGUCCUUGGCGUUCUUUGGUUUCAUGCCCGGGAGAUCAGCAUUAGAAUUUGCCUCAUUCAAAUGUUCUUUGUGCAUUGCUUCUCAUUCCUGGAGUCUUCAGUGUUGGUGGCUAUGGCCUUUGAUCGCUACAUGGCCAUCUGUAGCCCUCUGAAGUAUGCUACUUUCCUCACAGAGAUGAUGAGCUUUGUGAUUGGACUGAUCAUCUGUAUAAGACAAUUGGUUUUCAUAUUUCCUUCAGUUAUGGCUGUGAACAGUGUGUCUUUUCAGGGAGGCCAAGAACUUUCCCACCCAUUUUGUUUCCAUCCAGAUGUGAUCAAAUUCACAUACACCAACCCCUGGAUCAGCAGUUUUUGGGGAAUGUUUCUUCAGCUCUACCUGAAUGGCACUGACUUAUUGUUCAUUCUUUUCUCCUACAUCUUGAUCCUUCGUACUGUUCUGAGCAUUGUGGCCCCCAAAAAGCAACAAAAAGCUCUCAGCACAUGUGUCUGUCACAUCUGUGCUGUGACCAUUUUCUAUGUGCCAAUGAUCACACUGUCUGUGGCACACCGUCUCUUUAGUUCUACCCCCAGGGUGAUCUGUAGUAUUUUGGCCAAUAUGUAUCUGCUCUUGCCUCCUGUGCUGAAUCCAAUCAUUUACAGUUUGAAGACCAAGGUUAUUCGCCAGGCCAUAUACAGGCUGUUCCAAUUCAAGGGUCCAAGGGACUACAGUGUGAGGAGCCUCAGAGGAAGGUGGGAUAGAAGGAGACAGUUUUCUAGUACAUGA